AUGAGUUCCCCAGCUAACGAAUAUACCAAUGAAAAGAAAAGAAAAAAAACCAUUGAAGAAGAAAAUGUAAAUUUAAAAAAAAAGAAAAUCGAAUUUGAAGAUGAUGAAGAAUUUGAAAAAUAUGUUUUUAGUAAUUUUAAAAAUGUUGAUGAAAAUUAUAAUAAUAAAGAGCAAUAUGUUUUAUCCGAAAUUACAAAAGCAUUUUUUAAUGAUAAUAGAAAAUAUAAAAGUAUAGAAGAUAUGGCGAAUGAAAUAAAAUAUCAAGCUAUAAAAAAUAUUAAAAAAAAUUUAGAUAUUAUAUGUAAUAAUGAAUGUACUAGUCCUUUUUUCGUUGAACGAUUUCGUGUUAAAUAUAUUAAUGAACAAAAUGUGUUAAAUAUAAAAACAGCUCAGAAUUAUUUUAAAGAAUUUGUAGUAUUAUAUAAAAAUAAUAAUUUUAAUGAUUUCAGUUUAGAAAUAAAUACAAAUAUAGAAGAAGGCGGUGCCAGCGAAAAGAAUAAUAUCCAAUAUGAUGAUGAUAUCGAUAGUGCUGACAACCAAAAAAGUAAUGAUAAUACAAAAGCAAAAUUAGAUAAUUCAAAUAAUAAUGAUAAUAAUAUAGAGAAAAAUAAAAAUAAUUCUAUAUUAAAUGAAGAAAAUAUGUAUAUCUCCAAUAUAUGGAAAGAAAAAAUAAAAUGCAAAAUUGACAAUAUUAAUGAUAAUAAUAUAUUAACCAAGAUAUUAAAUUAUAUAGGUGGUACAUCAAUACAUGUUGAUCAUAUACCUAUGCAUUUAAAUAAAUUUCAUAUAUUAAAUACCCUAAGUCAUUUAAAAUAUAAUGUAAUGAAUAUAAAUAUAUGGGAUGUAUAUAAUACUAAAGAUACUAGGGGACAGACUUUUUUUAGAAGAGCUAAUAUAUAUUUUAAUAAUAAAACCUCAGCUUCUAAUGUAUUAAAUACUAUACGAGAAAAUUCGUAUGCUAUUAAUAUUCAUCAAUGGUAUAUGAAUAAUGUCAGAAGAAAUAUAUAUAACAACAUUGAUUUUAAAAUAUGUCCACCUAUAUGUUCACAUAUAGAAAGAAUAAAAAAAGAUUAUAAUAAUGCAAAAGCACUUGUAAGAAAAUUGGAUUAUUCAUGUGGCAUUAAUAUGGACCUACUUAACAAAAUGAAUGAUGACACAUAUUUAAAUGCUCCAGUAAAUAAAAGAAGAAAAGUUGAUGACAAAGAAAAUGGUGAAACAAAGGAAGAUAUUAGCAAAAAUAUAUCAGAUAUUAAUACAUUAAAUGAUAAUAAUAUCGUCAACAACACAAAUGAUCAUAAUGAUGACAGAAAUGAUUUUGAUAAUGAGAAUAUUCCAGAGAGUCCAAUAAUUUCUAUGAUAGAAAAUAAUGAAGAACAAAAUUAUGAUGUAAAAAAAAAAUUAGAUAUUUUAAUUUUGUAUCUAAGAUUUGUUCAUAGUUUUUGUUAUUAUUCAGCAAAAAAAUUUAAUACAUAUGAUGAGCUACUUAGAGAAUGUGGUUAUUUCUAUCUAAGAGUAAAUAUAGGGGAAAAAAAAUUACACAAAAAUUUUAUUCCAAUUUUUUAUGAAAAUUGUAAUAUAGAAAAGGAUAAUACAUACUUAGAUAAUGCCAUAAUUAAUGCUAUAUAUACUGAACAAAAUACCUUAUUAAAUGAGGAUAUAAAAAAUAAUAUAUCAAUAAAUAAAGAACAUAAUAAUAUAGAAAACAAAAAUUCUUUUGUAAUACAUAAUGAAACUAAUAACCAUAAUGAAAAUAGCAAUUAUGAAUUAAAAUAUUCAAAUCAUAUGUUAUUAUAUAAAUUAUUAUUAAAUAAUAAAAAAAAAGAAAUAUUUUCUGUUCAAGAUGAAGAAGAAAUGAAGAUAUCAGAGUUUCAGUUGAAAUGGCUAGUUCAUUUUGAUAAUGAAAUAAAAAAUGCUAUUAAUAACAAAUAUUAUGAAAAUAUUAAUAUAGAAAAAACAGAAGAAUUUUUAGAUAUAUUAAAAAAGGAUUAUGCAUUAACAACAAGUGAUAAUAAACAAAGUGAUAUUAGAUGUUCUAAAUGUAAAAAACUUUUUCAUCAUAUUAAUGAUUUACCAAAUCAUAUCUUCUUAAAACAUAAUCAAUUUAAAAUGAAAUUAAUAACUGAAACUGAAGUUCAAAUAAUGAAAAAAAAGUUUUAUGAAACUCCACAUUCUUUUCAUUUUCUUUUCAUGAUGGAAAAAAAAUAUAAUUACAUGUUCAAAAAUUAUAAUUAUAAACAUUCCAUUUUUAAAAGAAAUAAAAGUUUUAUAAAUCAUAAUUUACAUAUAUUAAAUAAUACAAAUAAAAAUGAAUACAAAGAUUUUGAUGACCCACAACAAAAUGUUUUACAGAAUGUGAAACAUACUAGCACAACUAAGAGCAAAGAUUUCUAUGACGAUACAUAA